AUGCCAUCUCCUGUCAGACUCGUUCAGGCUCUGCUGCUACUCCUGACAAGCAGCAAUGGCGCCCUGGCCGUCGAACAGACGGCCGCCUGGGUCAGCGUCGACGAGUCCGGCGCCCCCAAGACGUUGACCCCGGUGCUGAGUACCGCCAACGGCCUUCCGACCAUCGUGUCCAAUGCUGCGCCGCACGAGAUCACCGCCACUGUGUUUACCAAGACGCAACAUGGAUACAUCUCUACUAGCACCGGCUCUCCGAGCGUCUACAGCGCCACCUCUGGCGGCUCCAACGGCCAAGGUGCGUUCCCGCUCUGCAAGGCUGCAGCAGAGGCCAAGACGCCGCUCUGUCUGCCCAAGGACGGAUCCAUCUUGAACCCCGGAAUCACCUACUAUGUAACGUGGGACCCAACCUUCCUCAAAAACGCCACCAACACCACCGUGUCCAUCACGACGACCUACUACAACAUGACUACGGCCCUCCUGAUGAACGAGACCAUCACCCCCUCGCCAUCCGAGGAGCACGCGAUUCCCUUCUCGCGCGGCUUCUAUGCAUGGCCGGUGGGGUGGCAGAUCCUGCAGCCGGGCCGGCCCGAGAUGAACGUGACACUCACGCUGACCACGACGACGCGCCACUUCAACACCACCACCGUGGAGGAGCACCGGGGCCCCGUAGUGCUGGUCGAGAAGGAAAAGCCAUUCAAGCAGCCCGACACCCCGACGCCCGCCGGGCCCGAGAUCUACAUUGGCCUGCCCGUCAUCCUGGGCUUCGUGCUGCUCAUGGUGUUUGGAACCUGCGUCUGGAACCGCGACGCCCGCCGCAUCGACCUCGGCGCCCUUGUCGCCCGCAGUCGCCGCGGUCGCUCCGAGCGCGGCCGUGGUCGGUACCAGCGUCUUGGUGGUGACAACAACGGCGAUGACGACGAUGGCGCUUCGCGCGCCGGUCGCUCAGGUAGGCGGCAGAAGAAGGAGUCGAUCCGGCUCGCAGAGUACGACGACGGCGAGGAGCUGGAGUCGGGCCGCUUCGGGCGGCGCGACAGCGUCGACUCGCUCGGCAGCUUGGCUGGUAGCCCUGCGCGCCAACCGCGCAAGAGGCAUGGGGACUGA